AGGCAGCAGUAGAUCUACGUUUCCUGUGCUUAGGGCCUACUGUAACUAAAGAUAGAGAACUUUUACCUCCGCGAAGACUGGCAGUUGAAGGCAGGACUAGGUUCUAGCGCACGUUACACGGGUAGGCGUUUCUUAGUGUCAAUGCGCAUCCAGCUGGAAAGUGGCGAUUCUAAAUACGCUUCGAGUGUGAAAAACAACUAGCUAGAAUUUCGAAUUCGGUCUACACUUUUUGUACGUACAUAGUUUCUAGCUAUAUGGUCUGUCUGACGCAUCAAGCACUAUUUAUAAUUGGAAUAAAAACCGAUACGGGCAAAUUUUAUUUGACCGAUGAUUUUAAUUGGUGCUACUGGCAUGAGGGCGGGGUUAAGGUCUCAGACGGCUCUGGACGUCGAGGCUAGAAAAGGCAUGGCGGAUCUAGUUCGUCACUGUGGAGGCUGUCAUUGUGGCCGAGUUCGGUUCGAAGUGCUGGCUCCAGCUGUUUUAAAAGCUAUCGAUUGCAAUUGCAGCAUUUGCUCUAAGAAGUGCAACAGACACUUCAUUGUGCCAACGUCAAAGUUUAAGUUGCUGCAGGGAGCAGACAACUUGACGACAUAUACGUUUGAUACUCACCAGGCUAAGCACACAUUUUGCAAGACAUGCGGCGUACAGAGUUUCUAUACUCCACGUUCUAAUCCAGAUGGAUAUGGAGUUGCUCCUCAUUGUCUAGAUCCUGGCACAGUUAAAAGAGUUGAAGUGGAAACAUUUGAUGGCCAAAACUGGGAGAAGGCUAUGGAAGAUCACAAGACAUUGAGAGAUAGAUCAAAGGAUGACUGAUAAGUAGUGCAGUAGAUUUUGAGGUUUGACUUGUAUGUUAUGUUUAACUUAUGCUAUUGAUCUUGGUUUCAUGAAAUAAAGUG